CACUUAUGCAUUGUCUCGUCCCGACCCCUCAUAAAGUAGACGUGGGGUACAUGAAUGUGAGAAUACUCCGCGGGAUCUCUCAGAUGAAAAGUAGAUGGUGUCGCUAGGUUAGCUUACGUCCUCGUCGGCCUACGCGGCAAGUCACAAUCGAGAAAUACAACUGUCUCGGUUCCUCUAAGUUGACACAUUGUGAAAGACUCGACAUCUCCGGAAGCUUCGUCGACUAAGACAUAAUGACGGGAUCGCGCGGCAUCUCACCGACCGAGCAGUCACCGGUGGCACAACCCGCCCGUGCCCGGCAAAGCAGAAGAUAUGGCUUUGCGUGCUGCAACUGCCGACAUCGAAAAGUGAAAUGCGACGGCGUCUUACCGGCGUGUGGGAAAUGCGUCCUCUCCCGUGAGCAGUGCACAUACAACAAGCGUCCAUCACUGGCAUAUGCGGUUAAUCUACAACACCAACUCAAGGCCUACCAGGAGCGCUUCGAACAACUACGAACCGCUAAAGAUGGCGAUAGAGAUGCUUUAUUAGAAAAACCAGUUACGACUGGCCCACUGCAGGGGUGCAGUACGAGUGACUUUAGUCCACCUCCUGUCGUCGAAUCAGCUACUCACGGCAGCGAUGAAGAUUCAAGCAGCCUCCAGGAGGAAACGUCCAUUGGGACCGAUGGCCAAUUGUGCUUCUACGGUUCUACAAGCCUGUAUCAUAUUUCGCCAUCAGAUGGACACCGAAGCAGCACUCUUUAUAGCAAAGGUCGAGAGACAGGGGCGCCUCACGCUAGGCUUGAACAGCAAGAUGCAAUGACUGCGUUCCUUGCCAAGAUACCCUCUUCGUUGUUGGAUAACUUGCUGUAUACAUAUUGGUGUUGGCCCCACCAUCUACAUUGCGUGUUGAUAAAGAAGAUUUUCAUACGUGAUCUGGAGAAUCUGGGCCCGUUUGUUACGCCAUUCCUCCUCAGUGCUGUAUUGACGCAGGCUGCUCGAUACUCUACAAGGUCGGAUGCUGCAGAGGUUGGACGUCACUUCGCGAAGCAAGCGCGUAAGCUGCUUGAUCUUGACAUUGAUCGCGGAAGCUCAAUUGCCACGAUCCAGGGUUUGCUCAUCUUCUCGGCAAGAGAAUGCGCGUGUGGCAGAACAUCCCAAGGCUGGCUGUAUAGCGGUAUGGCAUUCCGGAUGGCGAGAGACCUAGGUCUUCAUCUCGCUCCAAAGAAGCUCAGCCCCCUAUGUCCACAUUUCUCUGACGAAGACCUUGCGGUACGAAACCAAAUAUUCUGGAGCUGUUACACAUGGGAUAAAACCAUAAGUUUAUGUUUGGGCCGAACUCCAGCAAUUACAAAUGUCAUAGAGCUGCCAAGGCCUGACACGCUUUUGGACGGCCUUGAUGCAGACGAGGAGAUCUGGGAACCCAAGGCGUUUCAGGGCUCUCUGUUCGGAGGUCUUAUGCAACACAGAGCCUUCAGCAGCAGCAGAUUCGUCGCCUAUUGCGAGCUUUGCGUAAUAACUCAUGAUGUCCUUGAUAAGCUCUAUGUCCACAGACACCGUAUGGAAAAGGAUCAGUCAAUGGCACGUUAUCUUGAUCAGACGCUCGAGAAGUUGGAUGAGUGGUGCGUACGACUACCUCGUGAUCUACUCGUACAGGACGAUUCGAAGAGUAUGGAAUGCCCCCCAUUGCAUAUUCUGUUGUUGAAUUUGGUAUAUCAGACUGUCGUAAUCUUACUUUGCCGGCCCUAUCGUGUCAGUUCCGAAACCGCCAAGGCUCGGUGCACACGUGCAGCGCAGAUGACGGAUUCGUUAUUCAUGCUUCAUGUCCGACGGUUUGGCUUCCGCUGCGUGACUUGGUUGCAGACCUAUACAAUGUUUGUGGCGUGCACCAUCAACGUCAAGGACCUGAAGGAGAACCGAGAACAAGAUAACACAAUGUCCAACGCGGAUCUAGCGCGCGCAACUAGUGCUCGCCUCGAUUUUGGCUUAGAGAUCUUACGUCAGGGCGGCAAGAGCACACCGAGCGCUGGACGAUGUGCGGCAAUUGUAGCUCAGUUGCUGAGCAACGCGGGUAGCACGUGUGUUAAUACGCGUCACGUGAGCCAACAGGGAGCAGAAAUCUUGGAGUCGGAUUUACAGAAUGAUGAAUGGCAGCUGGAAAUAACAAGCCUGGAUCCGCAGCCGCAGAGAGAAACAACACAAGCUGACAAAACGCUCGCAACUGUUCCUAAUGUACCCUUCAAUAAACAACACGCGGGUACCGAAAGUCGAACGGCGUCAGAUCUUAUGCACCCCGGAGGUAAUGUGCAAGGACAGAGUCCUGAAGUCCCAAAUAGUGGGAGCAUGCUAGAUGGCAGUAUCACAACAUUUGAUGUAGGAAUACAGUCCCCCUUGGUCAGCACCUUGUUUGGAGGGGCUUCCGAGAAUUUGUGGGAGGGAGGGAGUUGGACGUUGACGGAUACGGAGUUUGACCUGAACAUGGCGUUUAAUAACACGGAUUAAACUGAUAGUAUCUGUUGAAAUAAUAAUUAUAUUUUCUUCUGCUCGCCGAGUACACUACAGAAGCGCCGGCUACAGUGUCAUCG